CCACGCCCCUUAUUGCUUUUGCUACGACUUCAUUCAUUCGGAAAAUAACAAAAUCUCUACGAAUUGCGCGUGCGAUGGGGUUGAAAAGGUAAGUACAGGACGGAACUUAGUCCCAGGCAGGAGAGCAGGAGAGCAGGAGAGCACUGCAGCUUCUCUCCACUGGCUUGUCUCCAGUGGGGGGAAAAUCUCCGAACACACACCCAUUCGGGCGAUGCUCGUUGUCCAGUCUGACAGCGUGGCUCUCUGAGGCUCUGACAAUGGCGAAGAAAUCAGCCAACGGGGACCUGUCUCGCUCUCCGUCGCAGGAGAAGAAGAAGCCGAAGGUGGGUUUCGUGGGAGUGGAUGCCAGCGGCGCGGAGACGAGUCGGGACGGCGUGCUGCUGAUCGGCAGCGGAGAGCGCGCGCGCCGGAGCUCCAGCGGCAGGAUGGGGCUGUACAGAGCGCGAGCGAGCUUGGGCGGCGCGCGCGGGACUCACCGACGCAGCGCGGGCUACCGGAGACUGCAGAAUUUCCUCUACAACGCACUGGAAAGACCGCGAGGCUGGGCGUUCGUCUACCACGCUUACGUCUUUCUGCUGGUGUUCUCCUGCCUUGUCCUCUCUGUGUUUGCUACCAUUAAAGAGUUCAAAAACAGCUCAGAGAAUGCCUUGUACAUUCUGGAAAUUGUGACCAUCGUGGUGUUUGGUGUGGAAUACAUAGUGCGGCUCUGGGCUGCCGGCUGCUGCUGUCGCUACAGAGGAUGGAGAGGGAGGCUGAAAUUCGCUCGCAAGCCCUUCUGUGUUAUAGACAUCAUGGUGCUGUUUGCCUCCGUGUCUGUGCUGGCUGCUGGCUCUCAGGGCAAUGUGUUCGCCACCUCAGCCAUCCGCAGUCUCCGGUUCCUGCAGAUCCUCAGGAUGCUGCGCAUGGACCGCCGGGCAGGCACAUGGAAACUACUGGGAUCUGUGGUCUAUGCGCAUAGCAAGGAGCUCAUCACUGCAUGGUAUAUAGGCUUCCUCUGUCUCAUCCUGGCCUCUUUUCUGGUGUACUCAGUAGAGAAGGAUAAUAAUGCAGAGAUGUUUGAGACCUAUGCUGAUGCUCUCUGGUGGGGGCUGAUCACUUUGACCACUAUUGGUUAUGGGGACAAGUUUCCUGUCACAUGGAAUGGACGCCUGAUUGCCGCAACCUUCAGCUUGAUUGGCGUGGCUUUCUUUGCUCUGCCAGCAGGUAUUCUGGGCUCAGGCUUUGCUCUGAAGGUCCAGGAGCAGCACAGACAGAAGCAUUUUGAGAAACGCCGGAACCCUGCUGCAAGCCUUAUUCAGGCUGCCUGGAGAUUCUAUGCAACAAACCUCUCUCGAACAGACCUGCUGUCAACCUGGGAUUUUUAUGAGCAGACAGUGUCUGUUCCAAUGUACAGGCUGAUCCCUCCUCUGAAUCAGCUGGACCUUUUGCGCAGUCUGAAGGGCAGGUCUGGAUUCAGGAAGGACUCACAGCCUGAAGCUUCUCCCAGUAGUGAGAUUUCACACAAAGACACCCUCUGUGGGUGUUGCCCGAGAAGCAAUAGCCGUAAGCCAAGCUUAAAAGAGAAAGCAUUCUCCAGCCCCUCUAAGAGUGCAGGGGGAAAGGAGACCAAAUCGCCUGGAGCAGACGAGGGAGCAGCAGAAAGUCCUAGCAAAGUGCCAAAGAGCUGGAGCUUCACUGAGCGAAACCGCUCCAAACACUCCUUGAAGAUGAAAGAGGGUCGGACCUCAGAAGUGCUGAUUGAGAUGCAGGAUGAAGACCUCGGAAUGAAGAGUUCUCCAGCAAUUGAGGGGUUGAUCAAAGCAAGUCUUCCUGAGGACUUUGGCGAUGAUAGAAACUAUGAAUUUCUGCAAGAUCUGUCUCCUGCACUGAAAGCCACCAUAAGGGCAAUCUGUAUCAUGCGGUUCCUGGUGUCUAAGAGGAGGUUUAAAGAGAGCUUGAGGCCGUAUGAUGUAAUGGAUGUGAUUGAGCAGUAUUCAGCAGGCCAUCUGGACAUGCUGUCUCGCAUCAAGAACCUGCAGUCCAGGAUAGAUUUGAUUGUGGGCCCCCCACCCCCUUCGACCCCUCGCCAUAAGAAGGUGGACCAGAUAGUGGGGAAGGGAGUAUCAUCAGGGGAUAAGGAGAAACCCAAGAGUGAUACUGCUCAGGAAAAUGACCCCAGCAUGAUGGGCCGAUUUGUCAAGAUGGAGAAACAGGUGGGUGCGAUGGACCGCAAACUAGACUUCCUGGUGAAUGUAUAUACCACGCGCAUGGGUAUUCCACGCUCUGAAACUGAAGCUUUGCUGGGCUUUAAGAUAGCUGAUCCAGCACCACCUUACCACAGCCCAGAAGACAAGAGUGAGAAGGUGCAGGACGAAGAGGAAGAGAAGAAGAGCCCAGAGCCCGGCCCAACUGGGACGCCUGCCAAUGGCAUGUGCCGCCCAUCCACAUCCUGGCAUCAGCAGAGUGAGCAGCCGCUCAAUGUGCCUCUUUGGAAUAACAGUCGUGGGGCAUCACCGGGCACUGAUGACCCAUCACUUUACCGUAUCCCACCUCCACCAACACAUGAGAGUGGGGAGGGCGGACGGCAAAGGCGACACAGACGCACACGGCCUAACACAGGUGUUGACAGCGACACAUCCCUGUCCAUUCCUUCAGUGGACCAUGAGGAGUUAGACCGCUCAUUCAGUGGCUUCAGCAUCUCACAAGCCAAGGAAGAGGAUUUCCUUCCUCCAGUGAAUCUCGGACUGUUUGGGGGCGGAAGAGGAAUGGCCUUCUGUACUCGUAUCAGACCCUACUUGGCUGAAGGGGAAUCGGACACAGACUCAGAUCUUUACACACCUGGUGCUCCUUCACCUCUAUCGUUUACAGGGGAGGUGACAUUCGGAGACAGGGGCUGGCCAGGUCUGAAGUAGAAGAAAAUGCCUAAGUGAGCCUUCGAAUUGCAACAAGAGCCUUCAGAUCCUGAGUGGAUAAUGGUAACAAAAGCUUAAUCAAAGAAUCCAAUGUGGUCAUUAAUGCAUGAGGACUAAAAUAACCCAGUUAGAACCCAAUGAACAUGAUCCACUCAGUGGACACCUGUUAACUGGUAUGGCCAUAUCAUGUUCAUAAUGAUAAUAUUACUUUGGCACGAGAGUGACUUUAACAAAUGUAACAUACUUUGUGGCCUCCUAAUUCAAGACAUCUGUCUUGGAUGCACACUUAAAAAAAAAAAGAGUUUUCAUGUAAGCAGGUAUUGGCUUGAGUUAUUCAUCUCAUGGGUCAUUUCUUUGUACUAAUGUAGUUAUGAAUAUUUAUGGUACCAGUGUUUAUUACCAAGGCAAUAUUAGAAGCACUUUACAUAUGGAUUGUACAUACAUAAUAAUAAUUAAUGAUAGUGUGCCUGCUUUUGCUCUUAGUUUAUUUUUCCUUUUAUUUCUUUUAUAGAUAACAUAAGAGACUGUAAUGAUGAACAGACAACAGUAAUAUAUGAAUUUGU